AUGGGGUCCAGAUCACCGACCUGGUCUCGUGGGGGCGGCCUCAUGGCCGCGGACCACGACUACUUCGAGGGCGACCUCGACAUCUUCAGCGGGCGCGGGCCCUGCCUGCGCAGCCCCCCGUGCUGGAUGAACCCUCCUCGGACGGGAGGCGGCCCCCACCACGGGUGGUACUGCAACUACGUCGAGGUGACCACCACCGGGCCCCACGCGGGGUGCGCCCAGCAGACUUUCGAGGUGGAGCAGUCUGCCACCGACGCGUCCCCGUACCAGCUCGUACGCCGUCCGGGACAUCUGCCCGGAGACUGAGGCGGCGGGAGGCGGGGCCCGGGUCGAUCAUGCCACGUGAGGCCGCGUGCGCUGAGGCUGGAGCCUAGCUGUCGUUUUUUUGCUAUUAUUGAUAGCGGGUGGCCUGCCUGUCCGUGUGUGUGUGUAAACUGCUUAAUUAGGAUGUGGUGAUGUAUCGGUGAUUAAUAAAUAAAUGAAUGAACGAGGCUGAUGCGUUGAGCGGUACGGUGUUCCGCCUGAUCGGCCUGGCUUUGUCUGGGGGCGCCGCGUGGGCCUCCAUCGUCCGGAUUUCGAUAGAAUGCGGGUGGGCCCAGAGUUGUUGUUUGUUGUUCGCACCUAAAAUAAUAAUGUUCGUACCGAUA